GUUUAGGGGGAAAACAAUGGAGCAAAAGGAAAGGGUGUAACAUGGAGAGGAAGCCUCUCAUUGUGCUGCUCCGCUUUGUGCCAAAAGCUGCAUUUUGUCCUUUAGCUGCAGAAACAAAAUAUAUGUGACAGCAAGCAGGAAGGAAAUGAGGAGAGCGAGAGAGCGAACAGCAGAUGAGAGUUACUGGGGUUUUCCACUGUGUAGGAUUAGAAAAGUAGGUAAUGCAGAGCGAUGAGGUGAAACACAAGUUUAGUCACUGAGGUGAUCUCACACAUAGAGCCUGACAAGGAGAAGCUGGUGGAUUUUUUAUAAAAAUAAAUAAAUAAAUAAAUAAGGGAACAAACUGAUUUCUUCAAGAGUUGGUUUACAGCAAGCAGCGCGCAGGAAGCCGGCCGUCAUCACGUUGACCUUGAAUGUUUGACGCGCAACUGAAUGGGCUAAGAAUGGCUACAACUGGCUGUAAAAGUGAUGAUAUGUACAGGGUUCCAGAUGGGAAAUGCUGCGAUCGCUGCCCUGCAGGAACGUACGUCCACACCGAGUGUGAUGGCACCAAGAAGACAGAGUGUGCUCAAUGUGUACACGGCUACUACACAGCAUCCAAAAAUUACUUACGCAAAUGCCAGAAGUGCAGGGACUGUUACUCCAAUAACAAUCACAGGACAGUAACGGUUUGUACAGCGAGCGAGGAUACGCAGUGUGAGUGUGUGACAGGCUUCUACUGCAGCGACACUCAGUGUGAGCACUGCCGGCCUGUCACUCACUGUCCUGUGGGCCACGGGGUCAAAGUCAAAGCUACUCGUAUGAACAACACCAUCUGUGCCCCGUGUGAAGAAGGAACGUACAGCAAUGUGUCCGAUUUCCACUCAGCCUGCCAAACACACAGCAGGUGUGAGGACUUGGGGAAAGUUCUGAAAAUUCAUGGAACUGCAACAGCUGAUGCAGUCUGUGGGCACUUCAAAUCUCAUUGCAACUGGGUUUUACCUGCAGGCCUGUGGGCAGGGCUGAUUGUGACUUCACUCCUUCUUCUGCUUGGUAUCACCUGUUGGAGGGUAAAGCGCCGAAGACACAGAGCAGCCAGAGCAAACCUGGAUAUUGGCCCAGGAGUUCCAGCCUGUCCACUGCAGCCGCCGUUACCUUCCACAGAACUCAGCGGCCACUGCCAAGAAAGCUGUGAAGUGGAUUGCGAAAAGACUAUUUUUAACCCAGAUCACAAAGUGGUCUUCUGCUGCACACAAGAGAGUGUGAAGGACAGUUUUCCCACAACACCACGGACAGCUUCACUUUCAUAUGUUGAAUCCAGUCACACAAAUGGAAAAGCAGGAAACUGGACCAGUACCUCCCUCACGAUACAUUCAGAACCACAGGAGGAUGAGUGGUGUGGGAUGUGACCAAAUAAACACAGAACACUCCGCUUACUUGGACAUUUUGCAAACUUCAAACUAUUGUGCCACUAACAAAGCACGGGUCAGGAUUAGGUUGGUUUACAACCCUAGUCCAUAUUAAUAAAUCAUUGUUAGCAUGAGUGUUCUACUGACCAUGAUGAAUGCUUUGUUUCCAAGAAAUACUUUUUUUAAAGUUUAGAAAGUAA